AUGUCUGGGGAAAUCGAUUCCGAAGACAAAAGUCUACCGGUGUCAUUCUUUGAUUCGUCCUUGAAGGAGACGCGGCGUCGGGUAUACUAUCAAUGGGCUCGCACAUUGGCAAUUCUCUGCAUCUUCGUCUUUGGGGUGUUGUCUCUCUUCUGGGGUUCUCAAUAUAGGACCGAGGCCAACUACUCUGCCCUGAAGGUCUGGGUCGUGGACUUCGACGGCCAAGUCGACCCAUACCGCACCACGAAUCCCAUCGUUGGGCCAGCGGUCACAGAUGUCGCCAACAGCCUGAUCAACUCCGACUCCCUUCACUUGGGGUACAUCAUCAAAUCCCCUGCAGACUUCGACUUCGAGCUCCGGGCCGUUCGCCAAGGGAUCUACGACGAGCACGCCUAUGCAGCUGUGAUCAUCAACCCGAAUGCAACCGCCCUCCUCCGCGAUGCAGUCUCAAAGUCAAACACAACCUACGAUCCCACUGGCGCCAUCCAAGUGGUCAUAAUCUCCGCCCGUGAUGAAACAACUUACUAUUCAUAUAUCCUCCCCGACCUGACGAUUCUACAAGGAAUGGUACUAGCAAAGUUCGGUCCACAGUGGAUCCAGGAGCUUUCAUCGACGAAUCUCACAUCGGCCCCUCCCCAGGCUAUCAACCCGGCCAUCGGAUUCACGACCGUUGAUCUCCGCCCGUUCGCACCGGCUGUGGCUGCCCCGGCCGUGACGAUCGGUCUGAUCUACCUGAUCAUCAUUGCGUUCUUCAAUUUCCCAUUCUUGAUGCCCAUACAUGCUCAAUUCAUGAAACCAGACGGUCAUCCACCACUCAAGAUAGCGCAUUGGCUGGUCUGGCGCAUCACCUCGAGUAUAGUGGCGUACUUCUUUUUGUCAUUUUUCUACUCGCUGGUUUCCCUCGCGUUCCAGAUUCCAUUUAGCAAUGCCCCUGCAGACGAUACUAUAUCGGCGAGUAAUGCCAACGCAUAUGGCUGUGGGUCAUUCGUUGUAUUCUGGAUGCUGAACUGGGUCGGCAUGGCGGCGUUGGGUUUCCCCUGCGAGAACAUGGCUAUGAUCCUUGGAUUCCCGUGGAGCUCUUUCUUCUUGAUAUUCUGGGUCAUUACGAAUGUGGCCACGGCGUUCUAUUCUAUUGAUCUUGCGCCAGCCUUCUACAAGUGGGGGUACGCCUGGCCAUUGCAUCGAAUUGUUGAGGCCUUGCGCACAAUUCUUUUCGGCACUCAUUCGCGUAUUGGGAUAGACUUUGGCGUACUUUUCGCUUGGAUUGGUGUUUCGCUGGCCCUCUACCCAUUUGCGACCUUUGUCAUGCGAUGGAAAAUGAAGCGUGGUAUUUGA